CACGCAAGAGUGCAUUGACACGCGACAAUGAGCCGCAAUCCUCCAGCUUGAACAUUGUUGCCUUAUUCGUCAGAUUGCUGCUGAAAGGCCUGGCAGCACACAUCAUGAUCCCGCGAUAGCACCCACUCUCUUAUCCCUGAGCAGCGACAAUGUCAAGCCGCCCAACCAGCCGUCGUGGCCCUCCCGCCAACGACUCCGACGAGCCACACAUUGGCAAGCUCGACUAUCACCCAGGCGGCCGUCCACUCCAGCCUCACGAUCACCACCAUGGCCCACGCGAUGCGUCCGCGGCCAGUCGCCGCAGCGAAGAGCACAGCUACGCCGGCUCCUUCUUCGAGGACGUCGCUGAAGGCAUCGCAGCACAGCAACGCCAACGCCUCAGCCGAGCGGCAACACGAUAUCUAAGCUUUAUAUGGGCACUGAUUAACUGCCUCGGGGCGGGAAGUCUUACGGCGUACAGCCUCUACGCCCCCUUGUUCCAAACGAAGUUACACUAUACCCAAUUGCAAGUCAAUGGCAUAAGCAUCACGGCGGAACUGGCGAUGUAUCUUCCGGUGCCGCUAUUCGGCUGGCUGUGCGACCGUACUGGUCCUGGUCUGCCAUCCUUACUGGCGGGGUGCCUGUUCGGAGUUGGCUACAUCCUCGCCGCAUUUGCGUAUAAGAGCGGACCUCCCCCAAGUUCUGGUGGAGACGGUUGGCCGUACUGGGCGAUGGUACUGUCCUUCAUACCUAUCGGCUGCGCGACCAGCUGUAUGUACCUUUCAGCGGUCACGACGUGUGCGAAGAACUUCGGGCGAGGAAAGUACAAGGGUCUGGCGCUGGCUCUGCCUAUUGCGUGCUUUGGACUGAGUGGCAUGUGGGAGAGUCAGGUUGGCAGUAACCUGCUGUAUGAGACGAAUCCAUACGACGGCAAGACGGAAGUGGAUGUGCAUCGCUUCUUCCUGUUCCUUGGCUGCUUACUGCUGGCUUCUGGCGUUGUUGGUUUCUUUGCGCUACGGAUUGUAGGCGAAGAGGAGCUGAUCGAUGAAGCGGUCGAUGAGUUGGAGAGAAGCGGGCUCUUGGACGAGAGCGAGUUCUUCCAACAGAAUGGCAAUGGCUCGCAGUCAGGUUACGGCACAGUCUCAACAGGAGAGCGACGACUCUCCGCCGAAGAGGUCGACAAUUUGCACAAGCAGGCCGAGGAGCACAAAGCACGGCUCCAAGAACAAGAGCGCAAGAAAGCCUGGCUGCUCAACGAAGAAACAAAGCUUUUCCUGUCCGAUCACACGAUGUGGUGGCUAGCUGCCGGCUUCUUCCUCGUCACGGGUCCUGGUGAAGCCUUCAUCAACAACCUGGGCACCAUAAUCGGCACGCUUUACCCACCGCCCACAUCAGAUGAUUCAAACCAGCCUAUGACAAGCGCCACAACCCACGUCUCCAUUGUCGCCAUCACCUCGACCCUCGCGCGCAUAUUAACCGGCACACUAACCGACCUUCUCGCACCAACCUCAGUCCCGCACCAGCACCGGCGUGGCCCGAAGAGCCUCGCCAACAGCGUCACCUCUCUCCCUCCCGAUAUCAACCAGCCCGUCUCCCAAUCCCAGAAGCGACACUUCACCCUCUCUCGCAUAACCUUCCUAAUCGCCUUCACCCUCCUAAUGUCCAUCGGCCAAGUCCUCCUCGCCACCGGCAUGCUCCAAGGCCACGGCAACUACUUCUGGCUCGUAAGCGCGAGCAUCGGGGCAGGCUAUGGCGCCGCAUUCAGCCUCACGCCUAUAAUCAUUAGUGUUGUCUGGGGCGUGGAGAACUUUGGUACGCAUUGGGGGAUUGUCGCUACGGCGCCUGCGGUUGGGGCGACGGUUUGGGGUUUGGUGUAUUCGGGGGUGUAUCAGUGGGCGGCGGGGAGGACGACGGAGGUGGGAGUGUUAGGGGAGGAUGGCUUGUGUCAUGGAAGUUUGUGCUAUGCGCCUACGUUUUGGGCGAUGGCGGUGAGUGUGUGGGUGGCUUGUGGGCUUUGGAUGUGGGCUUGGAAAGGGCCUGGAGGCUGGACGAGGAGAGGGGUGGCAGUUUAGUAGCAAUAACAAUAUCACGAAAGUCUAUCUCAGAUUGAGCAGUGUGCUGAUUGUAGACUGGCAAGUUUUGGUUCUCUCAUUCCGUG